UAAAAACUAACGACAUGCAUAUUUAUCUCACACUAUUUUAAGGGAAGCAAUCAUGGAGUUACUAUGGUGUCGAUGGUUAUACACAUUCGACGUUAUCUGUCAAUUCUCAUUUAAAACCUAAUAACUUCUUGUGCAAUGUCACAUGUUGUACGUAGCCAUGUUGGAAAAUCGCCGUCUUUCAACGUACGCGUUUAGGUUAGGCAUCUCUCUUAGUUAAAAGACAGUUUAUCACAGAAGAAAUGGCAGAUGAAAACCCCGUUGAUGUGGAAGCUGCCCACGAGGACAUGGAUGCGGAGGAGGAGGUCGACGCCACGGAAACAGCCAAGCUAACCUCAAAAGCCCUGCAGGAUCCCCAGGUGUUAGCGGCUCUGCAGGAACGACUGGGCAGCAUGGUUGGUACGCCCAGCGGCUACAUACAAAGUCUACCAAAAGUCGUGAAGAGGCGAAUUAAAGCGCUGAAGAAACUACAGGCAGAGUGCACGAACAUUGAAGCUAAGUUCUAUGAGGAGGUCCAUGCACUAGAAGUGAAAUAUGCCGCUCUGUAUUCGCCCCUCUUCGAAAAGAGGAGCAAGGUGGUGACAGGAGCCGUGGAGCCUGCAGACGAGGAAUGUGAUUGGCCUUCCGAGGAUGAAGAUGAACUCGCUGUAAGUGACGAUUUGAAAAAGAAGGUCGCAAUUGAAGAUUCUGAGGAGAAGAAGGAGGACAAGGUGAAGGAAGAGAAGGAGGAGGAAUCUCCAAGCGGCAUUCCGGAGUUCUGGCUGACGAUCCUAAAAAAUGUUGAGAUCACCUCUGAGAUGAUUCAGGACCAUGACGAGCCGAUCCUUAAGCAUCUACAGGAUGUCAAAGUGAAAUUCGAGGACAUGGGCUUCACGUUAGAGUUCUACUUCACGCCGAAUGAGUUCUUCACGAAUUCAGUUCUCACCAAACAGUACAUCAUGAAGUGCCAGCCAGAUCCCAAAAGUCCAUUCUCAUUUGAGGGUCCAGAGAUAAUCAAGUGCAAAGGCUGCAAGAUCGACUGGAAGACGGGCAAGAAUGUCACGGUGAAGCUGAUAAAGAAGAAGCAGAAGCACAAGAGCAAGAGUCAGACGCGCUUCAUCACCAAGACCGUGCAAAACGACUCGUUCUUCAACUUCUUCUCGCCACCGGACGUGCCGGAGGGAGAGGAUGCCGAAGUGGAUGAGGAGACUGAAGCGUUGCUAGGAGCCGACUUUGAGAUAGGCCACUUUAUCAGGGAACGGAUAGUGCCGAGAGCGGUGCUGUACUUCACCGGCGAAGCUCUGGAAGAUGAGGAAUUUGAAGAGGAGGAGGGUGAAGAGGAGGGUGAGGAGGGUGAGGAAGAGGACGAUGAUAAUGACCCAGAAUUUAACCCACAGGCGAAUGGCCAGAAGCCUGCAGAAUGCAAACAGCAGUAGAAACCCUCCAUAAAAGAUGCGCAGCAACCAUCGUAAACACAUUUAGUUGGAGAUCGCCAGAAAAAUUAUUCUCCGAGGAACUGGGCACGUAGCUUGAUAUUCUGAACUGGGUGAUGUGUGAUUUUGUGGGAGCAGUUGUCUAGGGCGCGAGUUCUUUAAAAUUUAAAUGCGUACCUGGUUCCCUCGUUUUCAUACUUGUUCGCUGCUCAUUCAUGGUUUAAUAUCAAUUGAAAGAGAAUCGUAUUGCAGUGUUUGGAUGGAUUUGUUCGUUCGUUGCCUUGUCAGUGUAAUCAGUACCACGUGUGCUCUUGAACAGGACAGCUGGCCCAUAACAGUUGCCGCAAAUCAGUGGAAUCUGCUCAAAGGUGUUCUUUGUCGUCGUUGUGUGAUCACGCGUGAAUCUCUACAAUUCUGUAGGUGGUAGGGAAGACCUCCCUCCAUGUAUGUGGCAAUGCCCUUCCCUGUGCGUCCUCGCGUCACAUAUGUCCAGCAACAAUUCAGGGGGCGGCCGUACGCGUUAGGAUGCGUCGUUAGAUCUGUGCCGGCGACACUCGGCGCGAUAUAAUGCGUGCAUGGUGUCUCCCCGACUACGCCGCACUCUGUGUCAUUUGUGUACGUGUGGCUUCGUCUACUGGAACGUAUGCUGCCGCUCAUUGACAAGAGUCUGCAAUCACGGAAGGUGGGGUAGGACUACGAGAGGGCUUGGUGAGGCCAGAUGCGAUUUGUGGUAAACUACGCGGGUGUUUUUUUUUGCCUAGGAAUUCGGUUGCAGACGUAUACACAUUGUAGCUAAUGUGCUGAGUGUAAGUUGUUACCACUAACAAUAUAUUAUCACAUAGAGUAAAAGCCGUUGAAUGAUACUACGUAUAACUUUCCAGUUUAAUCAAUGCUGUUCUUGUGGCAUUUGCUGCUCAUGCUGCUGUCGUUACUGUCCCAUUUUUGUAACUUGAUGAGACAGUGAGCAUAUGUAACACAAUAUUGUUUUGCAGUGCAGUUAAAAAUGUUCCGUUUUCCAAGGGUGGUAUUGUAGCUUCAAUUCUUCACACUAGUGUUAAAAAAUGAGAAUUUUGGAUAAAAAUUGUCAUGUUGGUGUCAGUGAUUGGUGGUUUGAUUGUGGGAAAUGGAGCUUUAUUUUUGUAAAGUUGCAAACAUAAUUAGAAGCGAAGUGCAAGAGCACUGGAUUCCCAUUAGCACCCUUUCUUGAGAGAGACUCCCUGGUCACUGCCCACUGCUCUAUCUUUAGUGUUGCAAUCCCUUCUCUUCCAACUUCCCACCAAUCCUUUGUAGUAUGUACUGCUUGCGAUUUUCCUCCCAUACUCAUAUACAGUUACCUACAGUAGUGUACAAUUUGGAUUCGUUAAUGCAGUUCCUGUUUUGUCGUGGUUACUCAAGUCUUUUGAAAAGCUAUUUCGAUAAUUAAAUAGCGAUAACGUAAUAAAGCAAAUUUUAAAUGGUGCUUGUUUCUAGGAGGUAUGAAUUUGUAGCAAGUACUUAUAAACAAGAAAAGGUCUGGCAAAAUGCAAAUGAUUGAAUUCUUUUUAGGAAUCUUCCUGGUCAGUCGAUACUGAAUUGGUUCCUAAUCAGUUUAGCAUUGAAUUUAGUUUAUAACCAAGAUGAAUAACUUUCAUGGAAGUGCUAGUCUAUCACAUAUAUCACCCUAUCUGUAUUCUGUGAGAAAUAAAGUUUCCUUGGGUGACCAUAAAAUA